AUAAAGGAACCGGAAAAUCACAUGAUAUUCGUAUUGAGGCUUCUUCAGGACUAACUCAAGAAGAAAUUGAUAAAAUGCGAAAAGAAGCAGAAAUGAAUGCUGAAGCAGAUAAACAAACCAAAGAGAAAAUAGACAAACUCAAUGAAGCCGACAGCAUGAUUUUCCAAACAGAAAGUCAACUAAAAGAAUUUGGAGAAAAAUUGUCUGAAGGAAACAAAUCUACCAUUCAAAAUGCUCUUGAAGAAUUGAAAAAAGCAUAUGAAACCAAAGAUGUUGGAACAAUAGAACCUGCCCUAAACAAAAUCAAUGAAGCUUGGAAAAAUGCUUCCGAAGAGAUGUAUAANCAAGGACAAGGGGCUACUCAAGAGACACAAACACAAAAUGCCGAACAAGCUCAAGGAGACAACAUUCAGGAUGUUGACUAUGAAGAAGUCAAAUAG